AUCCUCCUGCUGAAAUGGACACCGCCAAUCAGCUUGUAUCUGUGGGGACGUUUCAGGUUCUGAAAUUGCCUCUUGGAUUUAUUCGGGUUUUGGAAUGGUUCUUGCCUCGUUUGGCACACUGUCAAUGGCUGGCAUAUUCUGCUCCAAACAGCUGUAAGGUCUCCUCCUCUCCACCAUGGACCAACUCAUGCAGAAGCUGUCCUUUGAGAUGCGCCCAAACUCUUCACUGCAACUUUUUGCCAUUUUUGCUUUUGCAACAUGUGGGGGCUAUUCUGGGCAGCUGCGGGUUAGUGUGGACUGCAUGGAGAAGGCCAGCAGCAACCUCAGCAUCGGCAUCGACUUUGCUUAUCCCUUCAGGUUGUACCAGGUGUCCUUUGAAGCGCCCAUGUGUGAGGGCAUGAUACGGGAACGCGUGUUCCUCAUUGGAGACUAUUCAUCCUCCGCAGAGUUCUUCGUCACCAUUGCUGUCUUUGCCUUUCUAUAUUCUCUGAUGGCAACCAUCGUCUACAUCUUCUUCAAGAAUAAAUACCACGAGAACAAUCAAGCACCGCUCAUUGACUUUGUGGUGACAGUGGUGUUCUCCUUCAUGUGGCUGGUCAGUUCAUCUGCUUGGGCAAAGGCUCUGUCUGAUGUGAAACUGGCCACUGAUCCAGAUGAGGUGCAGCUCCUCAUCCCUGCCUGCAAAGACCAGACCAACAGGUGUGGCUCAGUGCACGGAUCGCACUGGUCUGGGCUCAACACCUCAGUGGCAUUUGGGUUCCUCAACUUUGUUCUAUGGGCUGGAAAUAUCUGGUUUGUCUUUAAGGAGACUGGUUGGCACAAGGGGUCUUCCAGGUUGGCAGGCGGGGGAUCCGAGAAACAGGCCGGCACCUUUAACCAGCAGCCCUACAACCAGGGAAGCUUCGACCAGACGGGGAGCCACAACAUCCAGGGAGACCUCAGCCAGCCAUCUGAGUACAGCCAGGUGGGAGGUCCCACCUCGUACUCCAAUCAAAUGUAGCCGUGCCUUUUCGUUUCACAAGUGGCACUUCGGCAUUAUAAACCAGGGCAAUCUUUGGGGGGGGAAGAGGGGAGAAGAGUAGAGUUAAUGUUCAUUUUCAAAUCAGUUUGUUAUCAAACUGUCAUCAAAAAUGUGUCAAAGGUGUCCAAGUACAACCACUGUAGAUAGAAUAAGUAACGUUAGGUGUUGUACAAAAUUACCAGACAAAGUGUUUUGCUCCACUUUCAGAAGUGUUGUUUGCUGAAUCUUGUAUUUCGUGUAGUUUGAAACACAUUAGUGACACUUCCUGUCUCUGUGCUUGGUGAUCGACAUUUACUGUUUAGAAGGGAUGUGUUUUUCAAACUGGUUUGCACUCUGUGGUGGAGGGGAAAAACUGCUCUGCGUUUCUAAUGCUCUUCAACUUUUCAAGUGCAUGAUGUUGUAUUUGUGCUAAUAUGCUCUUGUCAAAAGAAAUCAUCCAUUUUAUCUCUGAGAGUUUACAAAUCCAUAAAUCCCUGACUCAUUAGUGCAGGUCUGUAUUUUGAUCUGUAUUGUUAUGUUAUUUUAAUGAUGGUUAUUUCUAAUUCAAAUAAAAACUCAGAACUUGUUUUAGGGAGAGUUCUGUUACAUUGUUUAUAAAUUCAUGUCAACACAUCAACAUGGGGUUUCUAAAGCAAUAACAGCAUACUGGAAAAACACUAUAAAGGGUCUGUGCAAGAAACAGCCACCACAAGAUGCGGCCAGUGCAACUUGUUUCUGUUGCUAUGGUUUUCAUUCUUAAUUGCAUCUGCUAUCACAUUGUCAUUUUAUCUGAAAAGAAGGGUGUCGUCUACAAGUGUUUACAACUGUUUACAAGUGGCCGCUCUCGCUACACAUUACUGUGACUGUUUUCUAUGCUAUCAUCAAACUACUGUAAACUCAUAGACAUAAGUCGUACCACUCUAAAGCAUGUGUAGAGUGGUGCUCAUUUACACUUUUAAAGCCCAGCAAAAAAGCGCAUCAGUCAGAGAAUUUUUCAAAAAAUAUGUGCAAUUGUAAAAAAGAAUGGGUGAUCUUUGGUUGCUGUUUGUAUCGAUUUAUAUGACUUGUGCAACCCUGUUUUUUGACCUCCUAAGCAUGUGGCUUGCAUUGGUGUAAUAAAGCAGAGUGAACAUCUAUGUAUGUAUAAUAGUCUGACGUUUAUGAUAAAUGUCUGCGGGUAAAUAUACUUAGUGUAGAUCAUGAUUUACAGGAUUUCAUUUCAAUAA